ACCGGUGAUGGACUGGAGGUGGAGCUGAUCAGAAUAAUGUUCAGCAUCAACCCCCUGGAGAACCUGAAGCUGUACAUCAGCAGCCGGCCACCUCUGGUGGUCUUCAUGAUCAGUGUCAGCGCUAUGGCCAUCGCCUUCCUGACCCUGGGCUAUUUCUUCAAAAUCAAGGAGAUUAAGUCACCAGAAAUGGCAGAGGAUUGGAAUACUUUUCUGCUGCGAUUUAAUGACUUGGACUUGUGUGUAUCAGAAAAUGAAACAUUAAAGCAUCUCUCAAACGACAGCACAGCUUCAGAGAGCACAGUGACCAGUGGGCAAGCCAGAGCAUCCACACAGUCCCCCCAGACCCUGGAGGACUCGGGCCCGGUUAACAUCUCAGUUGCAAUUACCCUCACCUUGGACCCCCUCAAGCCUUUCGGAGGCUUCUCCCGCAACGUCAGCCAUCUGUACUCUACCAUUUUGGGGCAUCAGGUUGGACUUUCAGGCAGGGAAGCUCACGAGGAGAUAAACAUUACCUUUACCCUGCCCACGGCUUGGAGCUCGGAUGACUGUGCUCUUCAUGGCCACUGUGAGCAGGUGGUGUUCACAGCCUGCAUGACGCUCACGGCCAACCCUGAUGUCUUCCCCAUCACUGUACAGCCUCCACACUGUGUUCCUGACACGUAUAGUAAUGCCACGCUGUGGUACAAGAUCUUCACAACUGCCCGAGAUGCCAACACAAAAUAUGCGCAAGACUACAAUCCUUUCUGGUGUUACAAGGGGGCCAUUGGAAAAGUCUAUCAUGCUUUGAAUCCCAAGCUUACAGUUAUUGUUCCAGAUGAUGACCGUUCAUUAAUAAAUUUGCACCUCAUGCACACCAGUUACUUCCUCUUUGUGAUGGUGAUAACAAUGUUUUGCUAUGCUGUGAUCAAAGGCAGACCCAGCAAACUGCGUCAGAGCAAUCCUGAAUUUUGCCCUGAGAAGGUGGCUUUGGCUGAUGCCUAAUCCCACACCUCGCCAUUUUUGGAGAGAGACUGAAAGAACCAUCAUCAUUGCCUGCUGACCCAAGCCAGGGCCUGGCCACUCCAAACACAUGAUCUUGCAGUGUUGGGUUAUUCCAGCCAAAGACAUUUCAAGUGCCUGUAACUGAUUUGUACAUAUUUAUAAAAAUCUACUCAGA